AUGACUUCUGAGGAAGAUAUGCCUCCCCUGUUGGGAGAAGAUUCACUCCUAGAUGAUGAUGCUCUAGUUAGUAUAGUUACUGAGGUACUGGACCUCUCUCAAUUACCAACUGGCAGUGCCAGACCUGUCGGAGAUGGCUCUGAAGAUGGCAAUGAAGCUGAGCCAGAACAGUCGCAAGAACAACCGAAUGACUCCCAGGUCUCAACACAAACCAAAGCCACUUCCAGGAAGAGGAGAGAGAGGUUUGCAUACAAGGGGAAGAGCUUCAAAGCCAGCAGUGACCUGUUCUUGAAUGCAAUCCAUAAAGAAGCCUUCGAAGCCAAGUAUCCAGAUGAUGUAGAGAUCGUGGGAACAGUCAUUCAAUGCCCAUACAAUUCGAAUGGCAUGAACUAUGGCUUCAAGUGGACUACCCAUGGCACUGAUGUGGAUAGUACAUGGACCUUGCCUCAGCUGAAAAGCAACCCAGAGCUGAAAGGGAGACUGAAGUCGCUCAUUGUGGCAUAUGAACAAGAGCAAAAGCUGCUGAGUAGCACUCAAGAAAGUUCUCCCACAGACCAAUCCACAGAAGAACCAUCGCAUUCAACCUCGACCGGAAGCAAAGUAGGUAGGAAGAAAAAGAAGAAUGGAGGCACCAAUGAAACACCAUCAGCAGAACCAACUGAUGAAGAACGUGCAAGGGCUUACGCAGCACUGAAGACAGCAUGCAGUGGUGGCGGGACCACCCAGACGCAAAGUGGUAAAGAGAGGAGAAGAUCAAGGAGGCGAGAUGACAAUGAUGAUGAUGAGUCGGAUACAGAUGAUGGAGCCGAGUUGAAUGAAUAUGACGAUUCCUUCGCUGUUGCAGCCAACGAAAAUGUGGACAGUGACGAUUCUGGCGAUGAAUACGAGAACCAAGCAACAGACGCAACAAGCAUCCAAAAAGAAGACUCAUUUGGGAAGUUCGUGCAAAGGCUGCUUUGGAAAUUCGAAGACGUGGAACCAGGUGACAUCCCGUAUGAGGAAAGCAAGCCUUUAUUGCAGGGCAAAGAUGCCGAAACUACACUCAGAAAGGGUGUAGCUGAUCGCUGGAGUUCACCAUUCGAAUGCUUCCAGCAGCUUGGAUGCAGUCGGGAAUUUGUUGCCCUACUCGCACAACAUUCAAAUGACUAUGCAAAGAAGAGUAUCUUCGCGGACAGUGGACCAAACAGGAGGCUUCAUGGGGCUGUAUGGAAAGACAUAACAACGCAAGAGAUGCAUGUUUUCCUUGGGAUAAUGCUGAAAAUCUCUCUUAUGCCCAUUGAUAUGGGUGGUUACCCAGCGUACUUUCGAGAGAAGGAUAAAUUGGUCAACUACAGCAACAGAGAGAAGCCCAUGCGUAUCAAGAACACAAAAGGAUGGGCCCAGGACUAUAUGUCUCUUAUCAGAUUCAAGCAGAUACGUAGUGCUUUUCAUCCAGAGUGCAAGUCAAUGGCCGGAGAAGGAGGCGACAAGUGUUACCAGCUCAGACGGUGCAUCAACGCUGUGAACCUUUCCUCUAAGUCGACUUUCGAUGCAGGAUGUUGGUGUUCAUUUGACGAAGGAGGAGUGGCCUGUCGCUCUCGAUUUUGUCCAUGCCGACAGUACAACAAAGACAAACCUGACAAGUUUCGAGUGGAUUUCUUUAUCCUGGCUUGUUCAAGGACUUAUGCCGUCCUGCACAUUGACGUCUACCAAGGAAGGAAUGCAGCAAACAUCAACAUCGAUCCUUCCAUCCAUGACCUUCCUACAACACAGAAAGCAACCAUGAAUGCGGUCAUGGCAGCUUUCGGUACUGAAACACGGGGAGCAAGACACCUGGCACUGGACAAUCGAUACCAGUGUCCCGAAUUAGCUGUUCUUUUACUGACGAAGUGCAAUAUCUACUCGACCGGUACCUGUCGUAGAAGAAGAGUAGGAUGGGACAAAGUCAUCAUGGAUCUAGAGAAGAGCGAUGGUCGGGGAACUUACAAGAUCUCUGCGGACAAACAGAACCGAUUACUGGAGAUGCAGUGGGUUGAUAAUAAAGUAGUGUCGAUGGUCACAAGCAGAAACGAUACCACCAUCGGCAAAGUCAAGCGCCAAAUAGGAUCCAUCAAGAAAACACUGGAUUGCCCAAAAGCGAUCAUGGGCUACCAAGCGACCAUGUUUGGCAUCGAUAAGGGCGAUCAAAUAAGAGAUCACUUUGGUGGAUUUUCCACAAAAGCUCAUUUCAAGAAGUGGUAUAAAAAGAUCUUCCUCGCACUCUUGGACUGCAUGCUAUUGAAUGCACUUGUGGCUUGGAACUUGUCAGUGGACGAAGACCGAUUGAAGAUACGGAACAGAUUGCUGCGACACGAGUUCAUGAUGACAGUGGCAGAGUCUUUGUUGGAGUAUGACGAACCAGAUGACAUUCCCGAAAAGGAAUCCGGGGUGUCCAAAAAGGAUCCGAUGGCGGACCACCGCCCAUUGGAGGUUCCCAAGGGAACGGGAAGGCCAAAGUGUAUUGUUUGUAGAUUGGAGUGCGGCAAUUUCUUUGGCAACUUGAUUAGCGAGGCUGGCAUAAAGCGCAAUGUCAGUGUCUGCUCUAUCUGUAAGGUGCCGGCUCACAACUGUGUACCUGCCGAUUCUCCAAGAAAAAUCCACCGUUUGCCCCAGUUCAAGGGUAAGACUUGCUUCGAGAUCGCGCACACUCCUGAUGGUCUCAGCAUGUGGCCUAUCAGAAAUGAUCUUGACCACAAACAAGGACCAAGAUCCCACUCCCGAACAUGCAGGGUUUGGCAACUUGUUCGAGAGAUGCAUGGGCUACCCAUGAAGGAACAGCGCAAACGCAAGAGAACUGAAGCUACAAAGACAGCCGAAGAAGGAUCUGUUCCAAGAGCUGCAGCCAACAACAAUAAAAGUGACAGCGAGGAUGAGGAUCUCUACUCCUAG